CUCGGUGUGAAAGCGCUGGCGUGCGGGUUGGAAGCGAUCUCUCAGACGAAGCGCAUCUCUCGCAGACGAAAGGGACGUCAUUUCUCACUCAACCUUACAGCCCCGCCCCCGCGGCGGCCGCGGACGCCGCCUGCGCCGCGGCCUUCGCGGCCUUCUCGGCGAUGACCUCCUUGGCCGGGUAGUGGAAGAGCGGGUCCAGGGCGAACUGGAGGAACUUGUCCACCCCCAGCACGUAGAUCACCAUGACCGCCGUGAUCACCACGACUAGUCCCAGCGUGUUCAGAACUUCUUGCGGCCCCGGCCAGAUGAUCAGAUCUAAUUCUUUUUUCAUCCCCUCCACCACACCUAAGCCGUCGGAGUACGCGAGGGCCUCCUCCUCUUUUUGCGUUUCUUCGACGGCCGUGUCGACCAUGGACUGCAGGACGUUCUUCUGUUCCGUGGCCUCGAAGACCUCCUUCGGCUUUGUCGCCUUGAGGUCGAGCUCGGCAGCUCUAGCUUUGAUUCGUUCGCGGAUGUCGGCGUAUUGGUCCGCUUCAACGGCGGGCGCCUCCUCGACGGUCUCUGUCGCUGUCUCCAAGAUUUCUACAGCGGCGGCGUCCUCCUCCGGCUGCUCGUCGCCGGGCAGGUCGUCCUUGUCCCGCGUGAGGCCCGGGAUGUUGGAGUCGGGCAGCGGCUUCGACGACGAGGCCAGCUGCGUAUGCCUGUGGCGCGGCGCGGCGAGGCGCGGCCGCGGCGCGAAGGUCGUGGCGCGCUGCGCGAGCAGGACGAAUAAGAAGCUGGUCGCCGGCCUUCGUCGUCGCGUUGGUGGUGCCAUUUGUGCGGCUGCGGCGGCGUGGCGCUGCGUAGUGUCGCUGCAAGGGUGGCUACGUGAUCGCUGUGGACAACUCUGGAGCGCUCCCGCGAAGGUGGCUGUGUGCGCUGCGUCUGAGCAAGUAUGCAGACGACUCAACGAGGUGUCUGUGUGCCUUCCUGGCACACUGCAAUGGCACUUAGUUGUU